AUGCCGGGGUUUGUGGCUUUGCUGGCCGUGUUUGCGGUCUGUUCGGCCGGACAGGGGAGCUCCGUGUCCGGGGACAGGGGGCCGGGGAGGACCGGCUGCCCUGGCCGCUGUCGGUGCGAGGUGGACGGGCUGCUUCACCGUGUGGACUGCGCCGACCUGGGGCUCCGGGACCUGCCGAGCAACCUGAGCGUCUUCACGUCCUACCUUGAUCUCAGUAUGAAUAACUUGACUCAGCUGCCCAGUGGAGCUCUGUCCAACCUGCACUUCCUGGAGGAGCUGCGUUUGGCGGGAAAUGACCUUUCGUUCGUCCCCAGAGGAGCGUUUUCCGGGCUCUACAACCUCAAAGUGCUCAUGCUUCAGAACAACCAGUUGACGUCUGUUCCUGAUGAGGCCUUCCAUAACCUUCCCAACCUGCAGUCCCUCCGCCUGGACGCCAAUCACAUCUCCAGCGUUCCCAUUGGCUGUUUCUCGGGGCUGCGCUCCCUCCGCCACCUGUGGUUGGACGAUAACUGGUUGUGGGCGGUGCCGGUGGAGGCGCUGAGCGAGCUGCCCGCCCUGCAGGCCAUGACGCUUGCGCUCAACCACAUCAGCCACAUCCCAGACCACGCCUUCGCCAACCUCAGCAGCCUGGUGGUGCUGCAUCUGAACAACAAUAGGAUCGUUUCCAUGGGAACAAGCUGCUUCCACGGACUCCACAGUCUGGAGACGCUGGAUUUGAACUAUAACAGUCUGGUAGAGUUUCCGAUGGCCAUCCGCUCGCUCAGCCACCUCAAGGAGCUCGGUUUCCAUAGCAACAGCAUCCAGUCCAUUCCGGAGCACGCCUUUAUUGGGAACCCUUCUCUGCUCACCAUAUUUUUCUAUGACAACCCGAUCCAGUCAGUCGGCCGCUCUGCCUUUCAGAACCUACCAGAGCUCCGCACGCUCUCUCUGAACGGGGCAGCAGAUAUCACCGAUUUUCCAGAUUUGACGGGAACCAAGAGUUUGGAGAGCCUGACCAUCACCGGAGCUCGGAUCACCUCUCUGCCCAGUUCAGUGUGUGAGCAGCUUCCCAACCUGCAACUUCUUGAUCUCUCCUAUAAUCAGAUCCAGACUCUGCCCAGCUUCUCUGAGUGUGAGAGCAUCCAGAAGAUCGACCUGCACCAUAAUGAAAUAGAGGAGCUUGCAGAGAACACCUUCCAUGGCCUGAUGUCGCUACGCUCUCUUGACUUGUCGUGGAACAGGCUCUCCUCUGUGCAGACAAACUGUUUCUCUGCUCUGCCUGCACUCGUCAAACUCGACCUGUCGUCCAAUCAGCUGGCGGCUCUGCCUCUCAUCAACCUGCAGAGUUUAACUCACCUGCGCCUGGCCGGCAACACGGAGCUGAUGGAGUUAAUACCCCGCGAACACCUGCCUCGAGUCAGGGUGAUGGAGCUGCCCUAUGCCUUCCAGUGCUGUGCCUUCGUCUCUUGUGACAGGAGAGACUGGGAGGAUUUCCUCCUGGAGUUUGAAGAUGAACCCAAAUCUCAGCACUCUGUGCAGUGCAGCCCUGCACCAGGUCCGUUCCGUCCGUGCCUCCAUCUCCUCGGCAGCUGGCUGAUCCGCGGGGGGGUGUGGCUCAUCGCCGCGCUCUCAUUGGUCAGCAACGGCCUGGUGGUGCUGUCCGUCUUCCUGUCCCCGGCCGCCUCGGUGACGCCGCCCAAGCUGCUGAUCGGCCUGCUGGCCCUGGUGAACGGCCUGAUGGGAGUGUGGUGCGGCUGGCUGGCGGCGGUGGACGGCUGGACGUACGGCGAGUUCUGGAGGUACGGGGCGCGGUGGGAGAGCAGCUUCCUGUGUCGCCUCAGCGGCUUCCUGUGUGUCUUUGCGUCGCAGACCGGCCUCUUCCUGCUGACCGUUGCGGCGCUGGAGAGAAGCCUGGCCGACACACACCGCCGCAAGGCUGACCGGGAGGGCGUUCGCUCCUCCCCGGUGGUUUCUGUCCGUCUCUCCGUGUGUCUCUGCUUCCUGUUGGGUCUGGCCGUCACGCUGCCCCCUCUGGUGGUCGGACAUGGCACUACAUCCCUCUGCUUGCCACUACCCUCGUCGUCCUCCUCCUCCUCUUCCUCGCUGGCCUUCUCCGUCUCCCUGGUGCUCCUCAACUCUCUGUGUUUCCUCCUCAUGACGCUGGCCUACACGCGCCUCUACUGCCGCGCCGACAAGGCGUCCGGCCCCCCCGAGGAGGAGGCGGCGUUGACGCGCCACGUGGCCUGGCUGCUCUUCUCCGACUGCCUCCUCUACCUGCCCGUGGCUUUCCUCUCCUUCUCCUCCCUGCUGCGCCUCCCCGUCGCCGGGCCGGAGGCGGCGAAGGGCGUGCUGCUGCUGGUCGUGCCGCUGCCGGCCUGCAUCAACCCGCUGCUCUACCUCCUCUUCACCCCCCUCGCCAGGGAGGAGCUGGCGGCGCUGGGCAAGCGCGCCCGCCAGGCCGCGGCGGCGAGGCUCGGCGGGGGCGGGGCGAGCCGGGACGAGCUGGAUCUGCCGUAUGACGAGGACGAGGACGCGGAGAAGCAGUCGUGUGACUCGACGCAGGCGCUGGUGGCGAUGGGAGGCAUGAAGGAGGAGGAGGAGGAG